GGUAAAAAAAUCUAGAAGAUAAGUGGAGCAUGAGGAGGAUACACAAUCCGUGUCCCUCAAAAUGGGGACUACUCACCUUCCUCUUCAGUUCCCCAGAUCAGCCACUUCACCAUCAUCACCACAGCCACUGCCGAUUCUACUCACAAAAAACCCUAGAAUCUUAAACAUCACUUCGCGUCGCUCCACCGUCUACGGCGGUCGGCAUGUCGGAGAAAAGCGAUUCAGAUUCAAUCUUAACGACGAGUUCGUUACCGGCGACGAAGACGAUGGGUUUGGUGCGAAGAAGAGGGUCUGGUGGUCCGAUGAUUCGAUUGAUAUCGACGACGAUGAUGAUGAAGAAGGAUUUGGGGUUUUUGGGGAGUCUAUUGACGCGUCUUGGGUUUUCAAGGUUUUGAAUGCUAUUGGUUGGAUGCUUCCCGCCAUCAUCAUAUCAUUGCUGCUCGGCACGGGACCAAACACAUUCUUCAUGGCAUUAGUGCUUCCCAUAGCUCAGUCAGCAGUUUCCCUUGUAACGGAUACAUUCUGGGGAAGGUCAAGUGGCAGCCCUAAGCCCAAGCGCAGGACCAAGAAGAAGAAGCCCUUUGCUAGAGCCGAGAGCGAUAUUAGAAUGAAUGGUGAGAACGAAAACACUGAGUCUGGCAGCAUAAGAGAGAAUUAUGCUAGACCCACUUGCGAUACUGGAACGAACAGGGGGGAUGAAGAUGCUGAAUCUGGCAACGUAAGGGAGAAUUACCAGUCAUGGGUAGCUGCAAAUGACAUUUCAACUAAAACACGCGAUAAGAGGGCGCCCGGGUUUGGUGGAUGGGACGAGCUAGACAAGCGAAUGGGAUCUUAUAAAAUCCCGAAAAGCGCUCAAAGGGUAAACAAGCCGCAACAACAGAAGAAAGGUAAACUGAGCAGGAGAGUGAGAAAUAGAGACACACCAUUGCUGCUGAGACUGAUAAUUGCUGUUUUCCCAUUCUUGGGAUCCUGGACUAAGUUAUUAUAAUACAAAUGUGUAUAUUUGUUUUCUUUUGCUCAACAACAAAAAUAUUAGUUGUUAUUCUGAACAGCAUAAAUAAUAUUUUUUAUAUCAUUACUCGGAUAAAAUUAGAAA